AACUCAAACUUCGUGUCGUGAAAAUGAAAAUGAUGAAGACGAACCCAAUUUUGGGGUGAUAGUAAAGAUGAAACAGAAACGCAUAAAUGGUGUGUCAUCCUCUGUGUGCUGACCUCAAUAUUACCAAAAGACUAAAAAGAACAAGACUUUACUGACUUAACAGUCCCAAAUACGAGAGAGAGAGAGAGAGAGAGAGGGAGGCAGUGAGUUUGUGAGAGAAUCACAAUCACACAGAGAGAGAGAGAGAGAGAGAGAGAGAGUGAGUUUCAGAGAGCCCUCAUUUUUGGGCUUUCACAUUCCAUGCAUGGAAGAAGAGAAGGGUAAGAAGGGGGGGAUUGAUAUUGACUGGAACAACGUCUUGGACUCUCGCGAUGACCAUUGCGACCCACUGGAGAGAGUGGCCGUGCCGGAGCCCAAGCCAAAGACCUCCACUGCCGACGAGCCACCUAAGCAGUCUGGAAUGGGUGACGAUCAGCAGCGAGAUCGUUUAUACGAGGACAUGCCCGAUUCCGAGCUCGAUGAUUCGAUUCGUCGGAACAAGCUUACUCAGCAGAAGAUGGCCCACAGAUUGCCUGACAAAGGCGAAAAGCUCCAAAUUGCUCUUAAGCGAAUGGAGGACGAAUGGGAGCGACGGAGGAAACUAAGACGGGACGGGACGGGUACUGGUAAGUGGGAGAAGCCCACACAAGCCGUGAUCUCUAGAAAUAUAGGUGCUUCUAUUGGCUCCAGAGAGGAGGCUUCAUUCGCUUCCCUUUUUAAACGAAAGCUGGAAGAAAAUUCAGAUUCUAGGACAGCCAGUGAAUAUCAUGGAGAAUCAUCUUUACAUCCCUGUAACCGUCAGAACAUGAAAAACAAUGGAGAGUUAUUGCAAAAGGGAGGACAUAAAGGUCGUUCUUCAUCAAGAUUUUUGCGUCGUCAAUGCCCUAGCAAUUUCUAUCAUAAAAGAGAUAAAUGCUCUCUUUCAAAUGGUGAUCAUAAAGGCAUGGAUUCUUCCCCUUAUCCACUUCGCCACUGUGGGGAGAACAUGUCUAGUUGUGCCACAAGGAAUGAUGCUUCUCAAGUAAAUGGUUUGAGGCCUAGGAAGGCUCAGAACAUUGUUGUUGUGGAUGACGAGGAAACUCAGUCUAUGGACACGACAGAGGAAGCAGAAGAACUUCCUGAAUGCAUGAAAGAGACGAAGAUCUACUACCCAUCAAGAAGAGAUCCAGAAUCUGUAGAAAUUUGUUAUGCGGACAUCAAGUGCCUUGAUCCUGGAUGCUACUUGACAUCGACUAUUAUGAACUUCUACAUCCGAUAUCUACAGCAACAAGCAUCCUCAAAGGACAGGGGAAUAUUCGACUGCCAUUUCUUUAAUACAUUUUUUUACGAGAAGCUCAAAGAGGCUGUUGCAUAUAAGGGGAACGACAAGGAUAAACUUUUUGGUAAGUUUAGAAGGUGGUGGAAGGGUGUUAAUAUAUUCCAGAAGGCAUAUUUACUUAUUCCGAUUCAUGAAGAUGUACAUUGGAGUCUAGUGAUUAUUUGUAUCCCUGACAAGGAAGAAGAAUCUGGACCAAUUGUACUUCAUUUAGAUUCCUUAGGAGUCCAUUCUCCCAGAUCAGUUUUUCAAAAUAUUAAAAGCUAUUUGAAAGAAGAAUGGAACUAUUUGGAUCAAGAAGUCGCCGUUUCAGAUAUUCCUAUUUCAGACAGUAUAUGGAACCAACUUCCCAAUAAAAUUGAAGAGAAAAAACUUGCGGUGCCCCAACAGAGAAAUGAGUAUGAUUGUGGUCUCUUUGUACUUUUCUUCAUGGAGCGAUUCAUUGAAGAGGCUCCUCAAAGGCUGCAAAGGAAAAAUUUAGCAAUGUUUGGCAAGCGGUGGUUCAAACCUGAAGAGGCUUCCAGUUUGAGAAUGAAAAUCCGGAAGCUACUCAUACAAGAAUUUCGAGAUGCACAUUAGGUUAAUUGCUCUAAAGAAUCUUCUCCACAGUCUGGUGCUUCUGAAGAAUGAAUUGGUAAAUGGAUCCUGACUGAAUCUGGUGUAAAUGUGGCAACCAAUGCUGCAUUAAAUCAGGUGUUCAUCCAUGUAUAGCUCAAACAGCUGUCUAAAUGAUCUUUUGAGUUUAGAAUUGUAUAGCCUGGAAAAUUGGUUUUAAAUGCCAUUUUAACGAGAGGGAGGAUACCAGUUUGCCCAGGACAAGGCGUACAUCUUAGUCAUUUACGUUACUGACCAUUCUUGGUGAGUUAGCAUGAUGCUUCAUCAACUGUAUAGUAGGAAAGAAAAUUAGGGCUAAAAGUCAUGGCGGACUUCUUAAGCUAAUGUUCACAAUUUACAUUGUAUGUUAACGAGUGAAGCUGUCUUUUUGAAGUGAUUUCCG